UUCUGAACACUGCAAAACAAAGCAAAACGACAUUAUUUGAAAAUUAAAAAUUCAUUCUUUGUCUCCAACUCCAGAACCCCUUUACUCAAGAUUCCGUUUUUUUUUUUUUCCCAUUCCCUCAGAACCUCUUUAACUCGUUGAAAUUUUCAAUUUUGGAAUUGUUUCAUAAAUUAACGUGAUUUGGGUUCAGUUCUUCCCAGAACCAAUAGUUUCCUCUGUAAUUGCAUUCAUUCAUUGUUUUUAUUGCCCAUUAAAUAUCAGAAACCCAUUUCGUGAAUGAGGAUUCAAAGUUAUAUAUAUGCUUUGUGGAUUUUUAAUUUCUGAGUAAUGGACAUAUACUUUUGUUUUAAAAGUGCUGCAUAGUAAAAAUUUUGUCCACCAUUUUAGUGGCUGUUAUGGGUGAUGAUGGUAGAGUUGAAGUUGUGAGUGUUAAAGGGUGCUCAAGGCUGUUUUCGUCUUCUUUUUCUUCAUUCAGAGGUUUGCAACCAUUGGAGCCAAUGCCUCCUGUUCCGUCCUCUGUGCAAGUGCGAUCAAAUGCUCCUUUUGCUGGCCUUGUUAUAUGUGUUACUGGUUUAUCUAAAGAAGCAAGGAAUCAAGUCAUGGACGCUACAGAGAGAUUAGGUGGCCAGUAUAGCCCCAAUUUGCAUCCGCAAUGCACCCAUUUGGUGGUUCAAAUAUCCUGUGGCCGUAAGUUUGAGCAUGCCGUGAAGCAUGGGGUAAAAAAUGGUAUCUUUAUUGUCACUCUGGGUUGGUUUGUGGAUAGUGUCAGGAAAAAUGUGAGGUUGAGUGAAUCACAUUAUAGUGUGAAGAGUUAUGGGGAUAACAAUAUGCGCUUGGAUGAUUUUAAAUUGCUUCCUGUGCAUACAAAUACUGAAAAUUAUUGUCUUCCUGCAAGAAUCCUUGAAACCAAGCAUGCUAAUAGUGUUGAAGAAUUUCAAAGAUUCUCUGGGAGAGAGUCUAACAGAAAUUUGGACUCAACUUUGUCUGGUUUCUCUGUCUAUGUUGAUCCAGGCAUUUCAUCUGAAUUACGGAACAAGGUUAUUGAGACUGCCUCAAGAGAAGGUGCUAGUUUGGUGGAACAAUGGUUUGUUGGCUGCAAUGUUAGUCAUGUAGUAACUGAAGGGACGUCCAUCCAAAGAUAUCUUGGAUACACUAGUAACCUCAUUACACCACUGUGGAUUCUCAAAACAGCUAAGGAGAAAUAUGUGCAAAGGCUUGUUCACAUGUCUGCUGAUUUGGCAAGGCAAGUUGGCUUAAUGCUUGAAGACAUUCAUAAUGGCAUUUCAGGGAAGAAAGUAAUAAAGCAAAAAGUCCAUGACGAUUGUCAGGGCAGUGAAAGUGAAGUUAGUUACAAAGAAAGGCAACAAAUUGUGAAUUAUGCAAAAAUUGGUGUUAGAAAUCGCCGCGGUCGUCGAAUGCAGACAUGUCAGACACCAAUUCGUCCUAUAACGCCCAACAACCUUCUGGACUCUAUCUGUUGGUCAAUAUCCGAGCCAACUUCAAAUGCUUCAAUUUACACAGACUCUUUCAGUGUUGAAGAUCCUAGUGAAAAUCAUACUUCUGUAUUUUUUGAUGCAAAAGUGGAUGGCAAGGAUUCAGAAGCUUCAUUUUCAAACUCCACUCGUACUCUAACAGAAAGUGAGAAAUCUGAGUUGAUAUUUAAAAACCAUUUUCUUACCAUACUCUUUCCAAUUGACCGGUUUGCUGAGAUGGGUCCUUCUUCAAGAACGUUCUUAAGCCAUAAUGGUUUUACGUGUCUUCAGGUGUUGGAUCAUAUCCAUGCAUUUUAUGAGGAGAACAUGUCAAGCCAGGAAAUAGAAGCUGCAAUUCACACUGAUUCAAGACAUGCUGAUAGGCUUCGAUCAGUGUACUCCAGUAAGGAAACAACAGAGCGUGGCUAUGUGAUGUUCAAAAGGAUUGAAUUCUUGGGUAGUCGUACAAGUUUUGAAAUGUUGAAACGUGUAACUGGGGACAACAACUCCAACGUGUAUGAGCUAUUACUUAGGGCGUAAGUUACCAUAGCUGGUAACUGGCAGCAUCUAAAUCCUACAAGGAUUGUCUCUGUAACAUGAAGAUAUUAAUUUUGAUGGAAUUUGUAUAGUUGGUUG